AGGGUGGAGGGGGAGGGCUCGCAACCCGCUGUAAUCGGCUCCGAAAAAAGAAAGAAAAAAAAAACAACUCAAAGAGAUGUUGCAACUGCUGGAAAAAAGGGUCAUUGAAGGAGUUGGCUGCGAAAAAAAAUCAGCUUAAAAAAGAGUGGCAGGCAUGCGCAAUGGGAGGAUGCCAUGUUGGAAUGAGGCUGUAGCGAGAGAGAGGGAGAGGGAGCGACAAACUGGUCGCCUGCUCGCCGCGGAGCCGCAGGGCACUGCCCUUCCCGCGCCCGGAAAUUCUUGCUGCAGGAUGAAUUAGAAAAGGAAGAAAUCUGAACAAUGGAGACGAGGACGCCUUUGAUUUCCAGCAUGCAGGAAACACAGCAUCUAUCCCAGGAGAAGGGCCAGAGUCCAGCCAAUGGGAACAGAGAACAGUUUGAUUCAGACGAAGGGUCAAGCUUAGAGGAUACUGAUUUUAAUUGGGAUGAAUACUUGGAAGAAACGGGAGCCAGCGCUGCUCCUCAUACAUCGUUCAAACACGUUGAAAUCAGCCUACAGAGCAGUUUCCAACCAGGGAUGAAGUUAGAAGUGGCCAACAAGAACAAUCCAGACACAUACUGGGUGGCUACAAUCAUUACGACAUGCGGGCAGCUCUUACUGCUACGUUACUGUGGCUAUGGAGAUGAUCGCCGAGCAGAUUUCUGGUGUGAUGUGAUGACAGCUGAUCUUCAUCCAGUCGGCUGGUGCACCCAGAACAACAAGGUGCUGAUGCCUCCGGAUGCAAUCAAGGAGAAGUACGUGGACUGGACGGAAUUCCUUAUACAUGAUUUGACAGGCUCCCGAACUGCACCUGCGAACUUGCUGGAAGGCCCUCUGCGAGGAAAAAACCCUGUAGACCUCAUUACAGUUGAUUCCUUAAUAGAGCUGCAGGAUACCCAGAACCCCUUUCAGUACUGGAUAGUUAGUGUGGUUGAAAAUGUUGGAGGAAGAUUACGCCUUCGCUAUGUGGGAUUGGAGGAGACUGAAUCCUAUGACCAGUGGUUGUUUUACUUGGAUUACAGACUUCGACCAGUCGGUUGGUGUCAAGAGAAUAAAUACAGAAUGGACCCACCUACAGAAAUCUAUUCUCUGAAGACUAUAUCUGAGUGGAAAUGCGCUCGGGAAAAAUCCCUUAAUGAUGCAGCAAAAUGUCCUCUUCCAAUGGAAGUGUUCAAGGAUCAUGCUGAUUUGAGGAGCCACUUCUUCACAGUGGGGAUGAAGCUAGAGGCAGUGAACAUGAGGGAACCCUUUACUAUGUGUCCUGCAUCAGUGACUAAGGUUUUUAACAAUCACUAUUUACAAGUGACCAUUGAUGACUUGAGACCUGAAGCUAGCAAAAUCUCAAUGCUUUGCCAUGCCGAUUCCUUAGGGAUCUUACCAGUACAGUGGUGCCUUAAAAAUGGAGUCAAUCUCACGCCUCCCAAGGGUUACUCUGGCCAGGACUUUGACUGGGCAGAUUAUCAGAAGCAGUGUGGAGCAGAGGCAGCUCCUCACUUCUGCUUUAGAAACACAUCCUUCAGCCGGGGCUUUACGAAGAACAUGAAGUUGGAGGCGGUGAACCCGAAGAACCCUGCAGAAAUAUGCGUCGCUUCUAUCGCAUCCGUGAAAGGAAGGUUAAUGUGGCUGCACCUGGAAGGUUUACAGAUGCCCUCUCCGGAGUAUAUAGUUGAUGUAGAGUCUAUGGACAUUUUCCCAGUUGGCUGGUGUGAAGCAAAUGCUUAUAACCUAACACCACCCCACAAAGCAGUUCUGCGAAAGAAGAGAAAGAUUGCAGUUGUGCAGCCAGAAAAGCAGUUGCCUUCCACAGUGCCUGUUGAGAAAAUACCUCAUGACCUUUGCCCGGUUCCUCAGCCAGACACAACAGGUACCAUCAAUGGAAGAUACUGCUGCCCCCAGCUCUUCAUCAACCAUCGCUGCUUCUCAGGUCCUUAUUUAAACAAGGGGAGAAUAGCAGAGCUACCUCAGUCUGUCGGGCCUGGCAAAUGCGUGCUAGUUCUGAAGGAGGUUCUCAGCAUGGUAAUCAAUGCCGCUUACAAACCGGGGAGCGUUUUACGAGAGCUGCAGCUGGUGGAAGACCCACAGUGGAAUUUCCAGGAGGAAACACUGAAGGCAAAGUACCGAGGGAAAACCUACCGGGCAACGGUCAAGAUCGUGAGGACGUCUGAUCAAGUGGCAGAUUUCUGUCGAAGGGUCUGUGCCAAGCUGGAGUGUUGUCCCAACCUGUUCAGCCCUGUGCUUGUAGCUGAAAUCUGCCCUGAGAACUGUUCUAUUCACACCAAAACCAAAUACACCUAUUAUUAUGGGAAGAGGAAAAAAAUCAUUAAGCCACCAAUUGGGGAAAACAACAACUUGAAGAGCGGACACAUCAAGCCAGCAAGGCGCAGGAAAAGACGGAAAUCCAUUUUUGUGCAGAAGAAGAGGAGGUCAUCGACUGCUGAUUUUAACACUGCAGGGUCUGCAGAGGAAAGUGAAGAGGAGGAGCCAGAUGCUAUGGAAGAUGAGACAGGGAGUGAAGAAACCAGCUCUGAACUACGUGAUGACCAGACAGACACCUCCUCAGCCGAGGUCCCGUCAGCCAGACCAAGGAGAGCCAUGACAUUACGGAGCAGCACCGAGUCGGACAGGCCUCCUCCCAUUGAGAGAGCGAGAAGGAGCCGGAAAACACCGUCUCUCUUAUACAGCGAACAGGAGAAGUGCACUCAAGCCAAGGAAGAAAUAAAGCAAGAGGAGGAAGAGAAACUCAUUCUGGACAGCAACCCUUUGGAGUGGACAGUGACUGACGUGGUGAGGUUUAUCAAACUGACAGACUGCGCUCCCCUAGCCAAGAUAUUUCAGGAACAGGACAUUGACGGCCAGGCGCUUCUGCUGCUGACCCUGCCGACGGUGCAAGAAUGCAUGGAGCUGAAACUCGGCCCAGCCAUCAAGUUGUGCCACCAGAUUGAGCGAGUAAAAGUUGCUUUCUAUGCACAAUAUGCCAACUGACUCUGCCGCUCCUUGCAUUGCCUUUUGGGCUUUUCUUACUGGUUUUCAAACGUUACAGCUCAUUUGGGUUUUUCCCCACCCCGCGCUCGUAAGCCUGUGGAAGCCGAAACACUGAGAAGCUCUCUGUAAAAACAAAAAAACCAACAACAAAAAACCCCCCAAACAAUUUGAAUGAGUAUUUCCAGAUUUGUGAAGCACAUUGAUAUAUCUCUGGCAUUUCUUCUUGGGAGCCUGUCCGCACAUGCAAGAUUGUAGUGUAGCAAGGCUGUAAGAGAGCAGAAGGUUUGUCGUCUUUUUUUUUUUUUUUUAGUGAAAGAGCAAAUAAAACAAGUUUUCCUACAACCGGCAAACACAUUCCAUAGGGGAUAACGUUCAAACAUUCCCAGCUGAUUAUGGUGUGUCUAGGCCAAUUUCUGGACAUAAAUGAUCCCUGUCAUGAACUGACACACUUCUUUCAUAUUGAAAUGUGAGUGAUCAUUUUUAGUGAUCCACGGUUUACUGCAGAUUUGAUCGUAAUGAUCAAUGUGCUUUAUUCAGGCCUGCAAAGAAAGCAUUAGAGCAGUGAUACUCCGUGUAAUGUCUUAGCAAGCAAUUGAUAAAGGGGAAUCCCAGCUGUGCUCUCCGCGGAGUAUCAGAAAACAAUUCAAUGAACUUCAAGGGGUACAGCAAAAGGUAGUGCCCGGUAACGCUUCCCAAACCCGGUAGAGUUAUGUACAAUAUUCUGAUUAUUUCUGUGAUUGGACCUGUACAGUUCUUCAUUCUUGUAAUGGAACAUGCAUGAAAUAUUUUAUACUAAAGCCCAUUCAGUUAUCUCCCAGUAACAUUAAAGGUCUAAUGGUGGACGCCUACACAACAGGGAAUUCAGGUGGAAGGAUGAGACUUUGGAGUAAGUUCUGAUCUAGGCUGAACCUGGUUAAAUCCAUUGAGGGCAACUGAAUCUCCUGGGUUGACUUUGGUGUAAAAAAGAUCAGAAAAUGUUCCACGAAGGAUCUGCAUUGUUUUAUACCAGCUGAGGAUUUAGCCUAGCACACCCUUUUGUUCCUGAGCAUACAAAGAGCCAGAUUCACCAGAUAUCCUGUGCCACUGUCCCUGGUUAAGCUGGAUUUGCACUGUUUUGUGUCAAUGGAGACAUGCGAAGCAUCUGAAAGGCACCAGGUAACCUGGCCCAGAGCAUCCAUGUGGCCGUGUUAAAGAGCUGUGUGAAAUGCAUGGACUUUGGCUCAGCAUGGCUCGUGAUAGGAAUCAAAACAAAGCCCAUUGAAGUCAAUGGUGUUAUACCCUCCUAAUAACUCUACCCCGAGCAAGAACAGAAGCUGAGCUUUAUUUUGAAGAUGAGUUGCAAGUGGAGAUCCCCGAAAAGGCAAACUCGGUGGUUGUGGCUAAGUUUUUUUUCCUAGCUUCAGAGGAAAUCACGGACUUUCUUUUUUUGUUUUUGCAUGGUUUCCCCUGAAACUAUAAAUAGACCUGUGAUCUGCAGCUUCGGUGAACUCGGGAUUUUGGAUUUGUUACAGAAAUCUAGCGUAGCCUUGUCAGGAUGCCAGGUCAGAGUCGACAGGGACCCCUUCUAAUGUGAGACGUGGUUUUUUUACCCUGAUGUCUUUGCUUUUGCCCAGUUAGCGCCGAGCUUGAAUGUUACUUCAACAGAAUCUGUUGGUUUCAAUGCCUUUUUCUUACUCCUGCUUUUUAAUAAGCCGUUUUGCUUGUGUUCACUCUUUCGUUGCCCACUGACUUGGAUCUGAUAAUCCUGCAGACUAGAUGUGCUCAGCUAAACAACUGGGCAUUCGCAGAUUAGAGCUGGUUGGUUCUGCCAUAUCCAUUUUCUUCUUGACGACUCUGUUAAUUGUGUGGAUUAUUGGUGCUGUAUAAUGCUUCUGAAAUACCCUUUACAGACUCUGGUGGACCAGAAUUCACUUCAGAGAAUACUUUAUGCAAGGAUCGAUUCAGGGGACCGUAAAGCUUUGCAAGGCAUCUUUAUAAUGUGCCGCUAUAACAACAGGUUGCCUGGUUGAGUCUACUCCCAACGAAUUGCCUUCUUCUGACAUUUGAAUACAGAUUCAAUAUGAGUUGCUGCAGGUUAGACCAGGUCCCACAAUACGUCUGUUGGCUUCAGUAAAACUCUUAUACUUCCUUUGUUCACAAGAUCUUAGUAGCAAGAUUUAAAUGAUCUUUAUUUAAAGGAAGGGAAUAAAGCGGCUGCUCCUGUGCUGA